AUGGCGAUGGCCGAGGAGAGGGGGGCGAGGAGAGGGGGCGGCACGGACUACCCUGAAUAUGCCGUGUUGUCUCGAAGCAGCGAGGCGCUCUGCUGUGCCGUCGACGCGCUGCUCACGGCGCUCGCGUUCGCGUCGCCGGAGGAUGUGGGCGCACGCUGGCGAGAGGCAUCUGAAAAAGUACUUUUGCAGCAUAAGGCGCGGUUGAACGAGCUAUCAGCAUCAGAUCCAAGGCAGUGGAACGAAGAGUUCGAGGCCGAGGAUCAGCUCUUCGAGUUCACAGGCCUUUCGCAGGACCUCGACCGGUUGCAGCAGCAGCAGCGCCGCCGCGCGCAGCAGGCGGCGCAGCUGCGGCGCCGGCGGCAACGGAGCCGUGCAGCCUUGGCCCGGCGGGACUUUCAUCUUGCAAUGGCGACGCAGUUGGCCCAGGUCGCAGAGAUGGAGCCAGAGAUUUCAUCGGAAGAGGACGUGCACGUCACCGCAAGAAGCACGAGUUCCGCUAGUGCGGAGGACUUGCUGGACAUGGAAGGUGAGCCAGAGCCAGUGGCGUGGGCGUCGAGGUCGCCGGCCUCGCCGGUCUCGGGGACCGCGCCGUCCGACCUGCUGGACCUGCAGUCCGACCUCAUCGAUGCUGCGCGGAGCGUGAAGACCGGUGGGUGGGUGGUUUGAACAUGUGGUGGUUUGAGGAUGAGGUGCUUUUGGGUAUGGUUUGGGUGAAGAAGAUGAGGUGGCUUAGGAACUAGACUAUACCAGACAAUGGUCAAGCUACCAGGGUUUUGGAGGGAGGUUCCAGAUUCCAGGUGUUACACCCACCGCCAUGUGGCCUGCCCAGGGGUCGGAACCCCCGGGUGCACGCCAGGGUGAGAAAGGGUGUCUCCCUAUGAACGUACACGACCUGUUUGGGACUGCCAUAUAUGCCUACAUUGACCCCCAA